CAGACCAUCACCGUUCGGCAUUCCACGGAGUUAUCUCCGCCGGCCAUCAGAACGGCCAUCGACCAGGCUGGGUUCGACAUCGUCGGCACUCCUACCGAUUCCAGCGAGCGUCCUUCACUUUCGUUUUCCCAUAGCAUCGCUCAACUUCCCGCCCUCAUCACGAGCAAAUCCAAGAAGCACUUUGACCAAUGCGUGCUUUGUCAGGCUGAGUACCGAGCCUCGGUGGAAGCAGGAUCCUCCCGACCCGAACGCGAGAAGUUCGGCGAAGAUACUAUCUUUUCAUACCUGGACGAUAAGGAAGUCAUCUCUGGAAGCCAAGCUGAGAAACGUCAGGCCAUCUCUCCAGUCAGGGACGACGCCCGACAUGUCAUAUUGUCUAUAGGGGGGAUGACCUGUGUGUCUUGUUCCAGUGCUGUGACACAUGCACUUGAGGAACUGCCUGGUGUUUCCGACGUCACGGUAAAUCUGCUUGGCAAUUCGGCCACACUCGUCAUUGCACGUGAAGACCUCAUUCCAACGAUCACCGAGACCAUUGCGGACAUUGGAUAUGAGGCUGAAGUCGUCAAUACCGAGCCACUGCACCCUCCUUCCGUUCCUCGACAUGUGCCUCGUGUGGGAAGCGACGGGCCUCAACGCCUUACAUUAUCGGUGGGUGGCAUGACAUGCGCCUCAUGCUCCAACACCAUCACGGACAUUAUGUCUGCGAUUCCUGGCAUCUCGGAUGUGGUGGUCAACUUGCUAGGCGGCUCGGCUACUGCCGUCGUAGAGCGCAAGGAUCUUGUGUCACAGGUCGUCGAGGCAAUUGAAGACGCUGGGUAUGAGGCAGAAUUGAUGAGUACGGAAUCUAUGCACACAUCCGCUCAGGACGAAGACCACGAGACUGGUCCACGCACCGUCGCUCUGAAGGUUGACGGGAUGUUUUGCUCGCAUUGUCCCGAGAAGGUCAUGACAAUGCUGUCAACCUUCGGAAACCGUAUCACCAUCGUCAAACCACUCACGAGCCAGACCGACCCCAUCCUUCGCAUAUCCUACGUACCAUCUCCACCGUCUUUUACACUCCGGCAUAUUAUACGCACUGUAGCGUCCGCAGCCGCACCGGCCAAGCAAUUCACUGUAUCCGUUUACCACCCUCCCUCACUAGAGGACCGUGUGAGGCACAUGCAGAAGCGCGAGCAGCGCGACCUUCUCUUCCGUCUCCUAUUCGCGAUCAUCGCUGCGAUCCCGACUUUUAUCAUCGGGAUUGUCUUCGUGGACCUACUGCCUUCCGACAAUUCCAAACGAAUGUGGUUCGAGAGUGCGAUGUGGAGGGGAGAAGCUUCGAGAUCAUCAUGGGCAAUGUUCUUCCUGGCGACACCGGUAAUGUUCUACAGUGCCGGCACGUUCCACAGAAGGAGCUUAAAGGAAAUACGGGCACUCUGGAGACCGGGCAGCAGAACGCCUAUAUGGCGACGGUUUGUCAGGUUCGGCAGCAUGAAUCUAUUGGUCUCUACCGGUGUUACAGUGGCGUACUUCUCGUCGAUUGCGCUGCUUGCGUUGUCAGCAUUGAAGUCUGCGCCUGCCUCCAAGAUUGGGCUGACCACUACCUACUUUGACUCUGUUGUGUUCCUGACUAUGUUUUUGCUGAUCGGUCGUUUCCUGGAAGCAUAUAGUAAGGGACGCACUGCGGAUGCCAUAACCGCUCUCGGGAUGCUCCGACCCUCGACAGCUGUAUUGAUUGUACCGUUAUCUGAGGCGAACAGCAUCCAUUCUUCAUCCUCCGGCGCAGCUUCCAGUGAUGUUGACCCGGAGAAGGGUGACGCCACUCGAGAAGAUAUCGAACUCUCCACAAAGACUGGCAAGACCGCUAUGAGAAUAGACACCGAACUCCUGGAGGUAGGGGACAUUGUCCGUGUCCAGCAUGGCGCAAGCCCUCCGGCGGAUGGCACAGUGAUCUCCGGCGAUAGCGGUGCAUUCGACGAGAGCUCCUUGACUGGCGAGUCCAGACUGGUGAAGAAACAAGCCGGAGAUCAGGUUUUUGUUGGUACGAUCAACAAGGGUGGCGUGGUUGACAUCAGGGUAGACGCAAUCGGCGGCGAGACAAUGUUAGAUCGUGUCGUCAAGGUGGUGCGCGAGGGACAGACCCGCAGGGCUCCCAUUGAACGCGUGGCGGAUCUGCUCACUGGAUACUUUGUUCCGGUCGUCACCCUCAUUGCCGUCGUCACUUGGGUAAUCUGGCUCGGCCUUGGUUUGGGUGGGGCUCUGCCUAGAAGCUAUCUGAACAUCGAUGUCGGCGGAUGGGUGGUCUGGUCACUGGAGUUUGCUAUAUCGGUAUUUGUGGUAGCGUGCCCGUGCGGAAUCGGUCUUGCUGCUCCUACUGCACUACUCGUGGGCUCUGGACUCGCCGCGAAGCAUGGUAUCCUUGCUCGAGGAGGCGGAGAGGCCUUCCAAGAAGCAGCACAGCUCGACAUUAUCGUCUUCGAUAAGACCGGGACGCUGACGGAGGGCGGUGAUCCUCGCGUAACUGAUGCUGAGAUCGUGACUCAAGGCGGCGACUCACUUCAGACAAGGGAAGUCAUCCUCGGCAUCGCAGCUGAGUUGGAGUCGGCCAGUUCCCACCCUUUGGCAACUGCUCUCCGCCAGUAUUGUGCUGAGAACGCGGCCGCGGCUCAAACUGCUUCUGGAUUCGAAGAGACCCCAGGACGCGGCGUAAAGGCGCGAUUCGACGAGCUGCGCUACACGGCGAUCAUCGGUAACGAGGCAUGGAUGCAGGCCAACAACUGUCCGAUCGACGGGAGACUAGUCGAUACGCUGAACACGUGGAAAGCACAGGGAAAGAGCGUGGUCCUCCUGGCGCUUCGCGACGAACCGCCUGACGCCCAGCCCGGAGCAUUUCUCGUCGUUGCAAUCUUCGCGGUUGCAGACCCUCUGAGACCGGAGGCUCAGACUGUCAUCGAGAAGUUGCACGAGCAAGGCCUUGGCACAUGGAUGAUCUCCGGAGACAAUGAGAUCACUGCCAAGGCAGUUGCCCGGAUGGUCGGCAUACCGGAGACGAAUGUGAUCGCCGGAGUCUUGCCUCAUGAAAAGGCGGACAGGAUUCGGUGGCUGCAACAGGUCGGUAUGAAGAGGCAGCAGAAAUCAUGGAGACGUUUCUUCGGAAAGAGCAAUCUGAACGAACGCUGCAUCGUGGCUAUGGUCGGCGACGGUAUCAAUGACGCUCCGGCUUUGACAGCCGCAGAUGUCGGAAUCGCUAUUGGGUCAGGGAGCGACGUCGCCAUCUCAAGUGCAGCUUUCAUUCUCGUCUCAGCGAACCUCAACACGCUACUUACCUUGACCGACCUCUCACGAGUCGUCUUCAAUCGGGUCAAAUUCAACUUCUUCUGGGCGACGUGUUACAACCUUGUCGCUGUGCCCAUCGCAGCUGGCGUCAUUUACCCCGCCGGUAACGCAAGAUUGUCGCCAGUAUGGGCUUCUUUGGCUAUGGCAUGGUCGUCUGUGUCGGUCGUCUGCAGUUCUCUGAUGCUGAAAAUGUAUAAAGCACCGCUCACUGAGCGGACAUGA